AUGGCAGAAGUGAAGUCCAUGUUCCGAGACAUUCUUUCAAAACAAUUGCCUGUGGAAGAUAUAACCACAAUGGUACUGCGUAAACCCAAACUUUUACCUUUAAAAUCUCUGACUCUGGAAAAACUAAAGAAAAUGCACCAAGCAGUACAAGAAACAACUCACCAACAAGAAAUGGUAGAAAAGGAACAACAGCAAAUAACUCACUGA